AUGACUAAAUGUCUGGAGCGAUCGAUGCAAGAGAGCAACGAAGUCUGAGCGACCCGACUUCUUCAGGAAGACAAGAGGGCUCAGCUUUCCUCUCGAGCAGAAGAAGGAAAAGACUCUAUUGUUUGAGGUGUGGUGUGUUUCCUUUUUGUCUUCAGGAGCCGACCGCUGCUACCUGGCAGAUAUGACUUCUCAGGGAAGCUUUGGCAGCAGCAUGCUGUUUCAGACAAUAAAUGACGACCUGAACGCAUCGAUGGCCACAGCAGAUGAGUUAUCCAAAGAGUUCAACUCCCUGCUGAAGGAGGCCUCGUCCGACAACAACUCAAAGUCUCAGUCCAGCUCUGCCAUCGUCAGAGAGAAGCCUCAGUCCAUCCCCUCCUUCACUAGGACGGAGACAAGAGGCAGCAGUAAUGGCAGCUCAAAGCUUCUCUCCUCGAGCUCAACAACGUUCCACCCCGUGGACUCCGUCUUCUUCAGCAACACAAGUGCACCGUCGCCCCCCCCUGUCUUCACCACUAGCCCACUCUCAUCCCCCAAGAUCAAGGGGGAAUUACGCUCUCCUCUCCCUCGAGCCGGAUCCGACAGCUACUCGUUCGGCCAGUCAAGCCCCAAACAUUCGCCUCACACCCCGAGGCGCAAUUCCCCCUCACAGUACGACAGGAGCCCGCGGGGCUCCAUCGGUUACGCCGAUAGAAGCCCCUCACCGAGCCCCACGGCUGCUUCUUCUGACCAGCAGCCUUGGUCUGCCUCGCUCCACUCCUCCAACCUGAGCCCUUACGACAGCAGCCAGAUGGGCCGCAGGUCGCCUCGCCCGGACCGAGGCCGCUCUCCUUUGUCGCUCAACGCCCACAUGUCCAACACGCUGCCUCGAAAUUUUGCCGCCUUCAGGAAACCCGAAGAGGGUGUGCAGCAGCAGCAAAAGAGCUCUAGCAAGUGGAAUGAGACAGAUCUGGACAUGUCCUACGAGAAAAAACAGCACCACACCUAUGACAAGACAGAGUGGCUGCGGCCGUCUGUGCCAAGUAGCAGCUGGAGAGAAUCCAACCUCGAUGGCCCUCCUCUGGCCCCAAGCCCCAAAAAGGAUUCUCGCUCUCAAUCUCACCUUUACUCCCACGCUUCUCUCCCCCGUAACACACGCAUAGCCGUACCUCCAGAUGUUUCUUCCCCGGUCCACUCCCCUUACCACCCUCAGCCCAUCCUCUCCCGCAUCUCCAUCCCACCGACUUCUACGCAGUCCCGCCAAUACAAUCCCAUCCCCCUCUCCGUCAUCAUGCGUCUCCAAAACCCCCGCUGGGGAGCAAGGUCGACUCUCCACCCCAGAGGUCUGGGAGGGGAAGGGGACAUGGCACCGUACCUGCCACCUGCGCCCUUCCCGAGGGAGUUCUUCCACCAAUAUGUGCCCCAGCCUCUGCAGCACCCACCUGAGCUGAGACAGCCAGCCGUAUACAGUGACGCGCUGAACUCGGGGGAUAUCGACGCAGAGUUGGAGCGGCUGGACUUGGUUCAUCCCAUGCCUGUGAUCUCGGAGAAUCCCAACAUACCAGAGGGUAAAGCUCCCCGGCCCCUCAGCCCCACCAGGCUACAGCCGGUGGUGGCCCCCGAGGCUCAGGGACAGGAGAUUCCUCACCUGGAGGAGCUUCUCCGCAUGAGGGCAGAGAUCCCACGGGCCCUGAAGAGACGGGGCUCUGUGGACCAGUCGCAGCCUCUGAAGAGUGCCUCCCACUACCAGCCCAACCAGUACAAGAAUCUUAUCGACAAGCUCUUUCGCAGGAAGGGCCACCGCCAGAGGGGGGAGCAAGGUAGCGAGUCCAGCAGCUCCUCAGAGGAAGAGGAGGCUGCUAUGCCUCCUGCUCCUCUACCUGCACCCACAAUGCAUCCUGAAUUCAGAAGCUACCAUUCCAUCCUGCGGCAGUCCAAGCAGAAGAGUUCUGGGAGGCGAGCUCGACUCAGCCCGCUCGUCUUGCUGCUGGACGGAGCGCUGGUCGGAGAACUGGAGAUAGUGCAGAAGGCCGUGCAGGAGAUGAACGACCCCAGCCAACCCAAUGAUGAGGGCAUCACUGCCCUUCACAACGCCAUCUGUGGGGGCCACUACAACGUGGUGGAUUUCCUGGUUCGCAUUGGAGCCAAUGUCAGCGCACCAGACAGCCACGGCUGGACACCGCUGCACUGCUCCGCUUCUUGUAACGACCGUCAACUGUGUGAGUUUUUGGUGAGAAAUGGAGCCGCCGUCGUGGCCAUGACCCAGAGCGACGGCGCCACCGCCUCCCAGAAGUGUGAUCCUUACGCUGUAGGGUUCGAGGAGUGUGAGAACUUCCUGAAGGGUGUGGAGGAGGCCAUGGGGGUGGAGAACAGCGGGGUGCUGUACGCGCUGUGGAGCUACCCGGCUCAGGCCGCCGACGAGCUGACCUUCAAAGAGGGAGACAUGGUCACCAUCCUGCAAAAACCCGAGGGGUCGGAUUGGUGGUGGGCCUCGCUCUGUGGCAGGGAGGGCUUUGUUCCAAAUAACUACUUUGGGCUUUUUCCAAAGGUUCGACCAAAGUCUCUCUGCUAAGUGGUCUCUUGCUGAUGGGCAAAGGUGUGCAGAGGACUGUGUCGAACAAAAUAAGCUCUACCGCUUCACACUGUUGACAAGAAUGUAUUUGUGUGAUUAUAAAAAAGUGUUGCCGCAUAGC